CCUACAACCUCAUGCAAAGAUAAUGUGGGGAGUGGAAUGUAAUAAAUUUGCGACGAUAGUCAUACUCAUGAAGCCAAGGGGACAAGUUCACAAUUUCAUUCAUUUUCAGCUUUCAAGCUCAUUUAUUUAGCUUAUGAAUCAAAGAUUAUGGUUGUCAUGUCGUUGACAGGGUGGUUUAUUGAAGUAGCAUGUCUUUUCUUUAUUAAAACCCGUACUUUAACAAGUUGGGUUGAGUUUGCAAAAUGGGAAACUGUUUUGAUUAAUUUUUAUUAUCUUCGGUAGACCAUGCUUUGUGCAUUUACACGUAUAGUGACAUGCGGUACUGUACCGGUACACUAGAAAAUCUACAGCUGGUCUGGCGAACGUAUAGGAUGGGAUUUACACAUAUAUCUCCUGGGGAAGGGGAAAGUCGAUUAGACGGCUAACCGUACUGCGAACCAGGCCUCUCGUCUGGUUACUAUUCCAUGUCGAGUACCGUACCAUAUAUGGGAUUAGAUAUUUAUUUGUUUUCGGAAGCAUAGACUUCAUGGUGGAGGAAGCCGUACCAGUAACCGACCAGCAGUUAUGUUAUGUAAACCACCCUACCAUGUUUCGAUUUUUUUGAAUUAGUAUAAUAAUUAUAUUUUUGACUCAAAAUUCUAAAACACAGGUCAUGUUAAAUUCUGGCCAGGCAGAAGAGCUUAGUUUUGGAAAUGAUUUUAAUAAAAGCACUCCACUUAAUCGCCAAAAAAAUUUUCAAUAGCAAGAAUUCUCUCUUACACAUUUCAAAUGAUUAAUAUACUUUUAACAGUUAUUUUAAAUAAAGAAUGUGGUAAUCAUAAAUAAGUUGAUGGAUAGAGGUUUUCAUAUCUUAUAAUUUUCAACUUUGUUAGUGUUAAAUGAAAAUAGAAGACAUCGCCACAGAAUAAACCUUGGUGUUAUUGAAAGCCUGUGUUAUUGUCGUGGAAACGAAGUAGUAUUUGAAUGAUUCAUAUGAUCCCCUGGAUCUUUUUUUCACAUUUUGAAUUCUACACAGAUUAUGUCAGGCAGUAUAACAAAUCAGCUACUACUCUCAUUAAAAUUUGUGUGUUGUUUUUACGACUGUAGUGUGCUAGCAACAAGUGUUGACCAAUGCAACAUUGUAGGAUGGUUGAAUCAGCAUCGUCAUACAGAAAAUAGCCAAACUUUAAUAUUAUCAACAAUAGUUCUUGUCUUGACUUAGUUUUUAAUUACAAUUAAAAUAAAUUCACGAAAAUGGUUAGAAUUUAAUGGCGGCCAGAAUAUUUUGUAUUAAUUCAGAAUAUAUUAUAAUAUACAUUAUUUGAGUGAACAUAUUGAAAAAAUAAAACAAUCCAUAUUCUGUGUUUAAUAUACCAUAUUUCAUGAUAAUAUCAAAACAUAUAUAUUUCAAGAUCAUCCUCUGAAACUGAUAGAGUAAACUAAUUCAAUCGCCACAGAAUGAAUCUGCAACAUCAUGGCAAAUGUUCUCUGGAUAUUAAAACUUUCAAAAAAGAUGUAAUGUUUGAAUGUGAAAUAUGCGGAAAACAAUACAGUAGCAUGGUCGGCAAAAAGCAACACCUGAAAUUUCAUCUAAAGAAAAAAUCUCAUCAAUGUAAUGUCUGUGGAAAAAGCUUCAUAUCCAAAUGCUACCUGGAUAAUCACAUUGUUUCCCACGUACAUCCAAAGGAGAAACCACAUAAGUGUGAAAUAUGUGAAAAACAAUUUGUUGCUUCAAACAGCUUAAAGAAACAUAUACUUACCAUUCAUUCGGAGAACAGAAAGUACCACCCAUGUGAAAUAUGUGGGAAAAAAUUAACAACUAUACGGCUUCUGAAAGACCAUAUGAUAAUUCAUAUUGGUGUCAAAUUGCAUAAAUGUGGAAUAUGCGAAAAGAAAUUCACCCUUGCUGGUGGUUUGAAAGUGCACUUGAGAGUUCACUCGAAAGAAAAGCCGUAUGCUUGUAAGAUAUGUGGAAAAACUUUCGGCUACAGCAGCAGCCGUAACAGACAUUUGAAAACACAUACUGACCAGAAGGAAUAUCAAUGUGAAAUUUGUUCUAAAAUGUUCAGUUGGAAAAGAAGUCUUAAAUUGCAUAUGGGAAAGCACAUGCGCGACAAGAGUUAUCAAUGUGAAAUAUGUGGAAAAUACUUGAAUGGAACUAUAAGCUUGAAAGGCCAUCAAGUUGUUCAUAGUGCAGAAAGGAAUUAUAAAUGUCCAUUGUGUGACAAAUCAUUCAAGCGAGCUCACGAUGUGCAAAUGCAUCGUUUACAUGUGCACACUGGUUUGAGGAACUAUGAAUGCAAAAUAUGUGGGAAGAAAUUUACUGGCUCAUUCGCGGUGAAAAAACACAUGAUAACGCACACGAAAGAAAAAAAUUUUAAAUGUGAAGUGUGUGCAAAACCAUUCAAACAUCCAGCAGAUGUGCAAGCUCAUAUGUGGAAUCACACCGGCCCUAGAGUUCAUAAUUGUGGAAUAUGUGAAAAAUCGUUUAGAUCACCUUCACGUUUAAAAAGCCAUAUGUAUGUGCACAGUGUCUCUAAAAACUUUGAAUGCAAAGUAUGUGCAAAAAGAUUUAAGCAUCCUAGAAGUCUGAAUGCGCAUUCACUCCUUCAUACUGGCGCUAAACAAAAAGAGUGAAAAUUAGAAUAAAAUUAUUUUUUUCAUUCGGGUAUAAUCUGUAUUUCGGGACUCUUUUCAGGCUCUCAUACUAUUUUAGUAUAGCACUACUUGUGGGCCGUCCAAUUUCUUUCUACCAAUAGGAUUUUUGUCGAGGGUGUUACCACUCUGCAAUACUACAUCAUAUGGGAGAAUUAUUGUAUACUUGGCUUGUAAAUAAAUGUAUAACGUAUAUACUCGCUGUCGCACUUGGGAUCUGUGAGUUUUGUGCUAAAAAAGUUUAAUUUAGAAUUGACUCGCACAUAAGUCGCAGCGAAAAUAUAGGGGUUUAAAAGGCCCUUUCCCUAGCUUUUUUGCAUAGAUAACUUCCUAUUUUUUUGUAGGGCUCAAUAUGUAUAUGGACACCUGUGAGCGAUGAUAAGUGCAUGUACGCAAGCGCAGACCAUACAAUUUUCAUGAAAAACCAACUCGUUACAAACCUGUAUAUAAUUGCCAGUACAUUCAGACCCCUAUUUGCACUUAAGUCGAGCGGAUUGGUCGCACCAAUAUUUUUAUAAAAAAAUAUAAGGAAAAAAUUGCGACCUAUCUCCUAGUUUUUUAAAGCCGAAAGUCUUGUAGAAAAGACUCUGAAUUCACCUGCAGAGUCUUUUGCGCCACCCGGUGAUUCGCCUUUGUCAUUAUAUAUAUCAUAAACAGAAACGAAUGCAUUGUAAUUAUUGACGCAAAACAAUUUAUCAAAAAUAAGAUUUUUACGCUAUCUAAUUGAUUUGAUGAAGCCAAUUUGGUUCCAGGUUUGAUAAAUAAGCUUUAAAUACUUGGUUUAUUAUUUUUGGUUUAAAAUUGUAUUAGUUGUAUCUAAGUAAUGACAGAGUUGGCACUGUUGGAAGAUUCAAAUAGUGACUCCUUUCUGAAGUGCAUAAAGUCGCGAAACAUAAUAGCAAAGGCUUGGCAAUAUGAUUUCAAUAAAACUUUAUUUUAACUGUUCACUCCCGAUCAAUUUGCCAUUGGCAAAUAUUACAAAAUUAUUAUUGUGGUGUGGCGUGGUGUGGCAAAUAAUUCCCUUUUUUAUUAUUUUUGUUUACUAUGUAAUUUACCAUGAUCUUAUCACGUUUCUUUAGUCAAUUUCUCUGGGGCUGUGUGUAUGUGUGAUAUAAUUUUAGGGGAGUGAACACGUACCACUUCUUAUCUAAAGUUUUGUUUGCUAUCCUGAUUUCACAACCAGUUUUUAUCAACCAGAAAAAUGUAGAUUUUAUGGUUUAAAUGCCGGAAUAUGAAAUAAAAUACUGUUGUUUAUAGAAUUUAUUAUAGCUAAGAAUUGACUUGCAAUGCCGUGUGAGCGUUGUGACUUAAGGCUCUGCCCUAAACAUGUGCCACGCGAGACUUGUACAGCACAUGACUUGGUCAACUUUUUUUAGUAAAGGAUUCACAUAUUUAUCCAGAGGGACAGGAAAGCAGAUAACACUGCUUAAUCAUAUGGCCUCUUAACUUGUUACCAUUCUAU